AUGUUCCCUUUACCGGAUGACAAGACUCGAACUUCAUGGCGGACAUGGGGAUAUCGCUGGCGUUCGUCCGAUACCUUCAUUCUCAGCAGCAUGUCCAUGGCGUUGUUUACAGAUGAAAUGUUGUUCGCCUUCAUGGUCCCACUGCUCCCUCACAUUUUCGAAAAUCGUCUAGGGCUGGACACAUCGCUCACUCAGCGCUUCACUUCCAUCUUCCUAGUCGAAGGAGCUCUAAUAUCUAUCAUCUCGAGCCCCUUUGUCGGGGAUAUAGCCGACCGUGCUAGCUCCAAGAAGGUGCUACUACUGGUUUUGCUGGUACUAACCUUGAUCAGCGUGUUAUGUCUAUCAAUUACUACAUCCCUAGCCUGGCUCUUCAUCGGUCGCUUCUUCCAAUGUAUAGUCAGCAACGCUCUGUACAUCGUCGGCAUAGCGACAAUGGCCGAGAACAUCGGAUCAGAGCACAUGGGCAAGAUAGCAGGCCUCAGCUCGACGCUAACGGCAGCUGGAACGUGUUCCGGGCCCGUCAUUGCCGGCUUUCUCUUCGGCAUCAAGGGGUAUUGGAUGGCCUGGGCUGGUGCCGCUCUGUUUCUCGUCGUGGAUAUCAUUAUGCGUCUGCUCAUGAUUGAGAAACCGCAGAAACGCCGCGCGGUCGGUGUGUCGUGCGUUGAGGAUCGUAGCCACUCUCACUCUUCGGAGAGGGAACCGCUAUUGGAUACGAGCCGACAAUCAAUCGAUGAGAUCGGUGGUUGGCGUUUCUACCUCUGUCUUUUUCGCCGGCCGCGCUUUGCGGCUGGCAUGAUUUGUUACUUCGUGUUUGCACUGUUCGUUGCGAGUUUCGAAUCGACUAUCUCGAUGCAUGUACGGAAUGCUUUUGGGUGGGGUGUUUUCCCCGUUGGGCUUUUGUUUGCUUCUAUCCAGGGUCCUGGAAUGUUGUUGGCUCCGCUUGUUGGAUGGCUGAAGGACCGCGUGGGAUCGAGGGUUCCUACCACAAUCGGCUUUUUCUCUAUUGCUCCUUUCUUGUGGCUUCUUGGGGUAGCUGGUGAUGAAAGAUUCCCAUGGGCUACUGUCGGGACCAGAGGAAAGAUUAUCUAUGGUGUCUGCACGACUAUGGUUGGGUGCUUUACGUGUUUGCUCAGCGGGGUCGGGGCAAUGGAAGCGACUGAAACUGUUGAUGAGCUUGAAGAUCUACAUCCUGGCAUAUUUGGCCCUUAUGGGGGUUAUUCGCGUGCUGUUGCGGUUACGAAUAUGAGUUGGAUGUCUGGACUUCUGGUAGGACCGAUCUUGGCUGGGUUCAUGGUGGAGCAGUUUGGCUAUUAUGAGCUGCAGUGUGUACUUGUCAUCAUGUCUUUGCUGGCUAGCGCCAAUGCUGCGUUCAAUCUCUCAGCUAACCCUCAAAAGGAUGGAUGUCACAGUGACUCGGGGAUCGAUGAGCCCUGA